AUGAACAAGCCGCCGCCGAGGCAAAGGGAAUCUCCUUGGACACGGACGGCACAGACUACCAGGCUCCAAGUAGGGGAGCGAACUACGGCUACUGUGAAGUUACUAGGACUUACACGAGCAGCGCUCCUAGACACUGGAUCACAGAUAAGCAUAAUACCGCUCGAAAUGCUGCGAGCAGGCCAAGCAUCUGGUUUCAAUCUCGACGAAGACGUUGAGCAAUUUCCGUUGGAAAACCAAGCACCAAUCUUGGAUGCUUCUGGCAACAAAAUGCAGUUCGAGGGAGCAGUGAGGUUGACGUUGGAACUCGAGGAAGGCGAGAAGCGUCGAGUUGCGUUGUUCGUAAAGGCUGGAGGAGACGACACACUAGUUUUGGGAACUAACGCCCUGCGAGCUCUCGGAGUCAGCCUAAUUACGAAGGGUACAAAGGGUCAUACCCACAAGCAACACCUCGGGCCAGCACAAUCCAGCCCCAUCGAGGAAAAACUCAGGCGCAAUACGCGCACAAAACGGAAGAAAUUGCCGACUAGUGAACGAGUCGUUGUCAGCAAACGAACAUACCUUCGACCAGGAGAAACAAAAUUGCUUCCUGUGCAGUGUACUGAAUCCGGGAAAGAAGGGAUUCUCUGGUCAAAAUGCAGUUUAGUACCGAAUAUUAUUUGUCACAAGGCAAGCCACUCCCUGGAAAUCCCCUCACCAACGACUUUGCAGGAGCAAAAAUUUUUCGGGAGGGGGAGGAGGACUCUGCUCGGCGUCGACAAUGUGCUCAAUCUACGCUACAGAUGUCAGUGCGGGCUGUUCGGUCAGAUGGCCCACGUAGCCCUACCAGGAUUGACGCACCCAAUAGCUAGAGCCAAGAAGGUCCAAGACAUGUUUCAGCUCGCGAAUGUUGCGUCGAUCGCGGAGCAGGCAUGUUGGGGUGAAGAGCGAAAGGAAGAGGAGCUCCGCAAGAAGAGCUCGUGCUUCAUCACACCCUAUGGACUGGCCCUAGCAGUUGAUGCUCAUCGACGACGUUGUCAGGUGUACGCGGAAGCCGUGGAGAACGCCAAAGGAAAAAAGUUCGAUCAUCCUGCGGUAUUCUCCUGGCCAGUGCCGUACGAUUUGGGAGCACACCUUACCACCGCAAUCGCUCUGCAGGGAAAACUGCGCAUUCCUGGCGCAACAACGGCCGCUAAACUGGAGAUUUUCAUCGCGCUGCCUUCAGCUUUUGGUCGUGUGGGCGUCGAUGUCGACUACGCAGAUAACAUCACACCAUACGUCUAUGCAAAUUGGAGUGCCCUUGCCGAGAAGCUGAUCUCCAUGCCUAUUGUCACAUCCAUCAUCGUGGUAUGGCCGGACACUACGCCAGAGAGCAGAGAAAUGCGCCAAGUUUUGAUCGCACUUGAGCGCCACCUGCAGUCGGCAGGCUCACUUGCGUUCUUCCCGAGCCCGUAUGAGGACGACAACGAAACGGAAUGGACUCAUAUGGGAAGGGUAUGCGCAGAAUACGUGCGUUUCAUGACAAACCCUCAACGCUCGUUUGAAGCCAUUGUGAGGGAUCACUACAGCGACGUCCUGGAAGCGGCGCCAUAUACCCACCCUGCCGGAUGUAUGGGAACACAUCCGCGUCGCGCUCAGGGUCAAUUCGGUGGCUAUCAGAUAAGGCUGUUCUUGGAUAAGCUCCGCCUCACCGUCAAUGAUCUGAUCAAGAUGGAUGAAUUUGAGAUGGCCUCACCCGAACUCAGGGACCGUCGACACCAGGAGAGGCUCCUCAAACGUCGACGUCGACAAGAGGAAAGGAUGCCGAACUUCUUCGUCAUCGAGGAUCCCGAACGUGUUCGCCACCACCGGUCGCUCACAUUCCGCAGACCAUCGGACAGGGACAGGCCCACGUCGAGACACUAUUCGCCACCUGAGAGGAGUCGUCGCAGAUCUCAACACCUACACGAAUCGCGAAGACACGACCGCGGACAAGGACCAAGCUCUACCCGUCGAUCGUCGUACCAGCGUGUUGAUUCCCCGCGUCGCAGACACUCCCCUCGUCGUAGCGGAUCGCAGAGGAAAUAG